GUACAAAAAGCCCUCUUCUUUGGCCUUUCUUUUCUGGUUUUUUCUUUUUUAAACAAAACUCUUAUAGUCGAUCAUGAUCAAGUCAUACGCUUUCAUUGGUCUUAUCGUAGGACUUAUAGCGACGGUAUACGCUCAACAAGCCUCAGUUACUCUUCCGGAUGGUAUUUCUAUUCCAACAGAUGUUUCGAUUCCCCCUGAAGUGGCCGCAGCUGCUAGCAGCAUUAUCAAUAACCCUUCUGCGGCCCAAUCUUACAUAGCUCAGGCAUCGAGCUUAGCAGACGCACUUCCUUCUGAAUAUCGAGCUUCUGCCAAAAGUGCUAUAGCAGAGGCAAGCAAGACGCUUGCUGCUGUACAACCAAACACUACUGGCUCUGGUUCUUCCUCUUCUGCCAUUCACCUUUCACCCAAUCCUAUUUCCUAUGUCCUUGGAGCACUCAGCAUCACAGCUUUGUUUGCCUUUAUGGUGUAAUGCUUCUCUUCAGAUAUUAUUGUCAUGAAAAUCAAAAUGAUUCGAUGUAGAGAGCAUCUAAUAAAUGUGGGCA